GAUGGAGUCUUCCCACUCAGUGUCUCGCUGAUGAACUCAGAAGACUCGGGGCGAGUGUGAAGUGUGUUGUUGUUGGUGGGCGGUUCUCCGGAGAGCUGCAUGCUGUGACCCGCUCUGACCCGACCUGUUCUGCACAAAAACACCACAUCACCACGAAGGAAUGCACUCUCGCUCUCCGGGAGAACAGCUCUCUGCAGGGUGGAGCGACUAGAAUAAUCCUAUAAGUCUGCUUUUAGGGUUAAGGGCUGUCGCGUAUAUUCUGCUUCCAGGCUUUAAGGGGUGUCGCCUAAAGGGGUUAACCGGUUUGUCGCCAAAAGUCUGCUCCAUGGAGUUAAUGGCCGUCGUGUAAAGUAUGCGCGCGUAGUCUGCAUGGAAUAACAAACCAGUCGCGGACGCAUUCCUUCUAGGUUUAAGGGGUGGCGCGUAAAGUCAGAGUUAAGCCUAAAGUCACAACAAACCAGACGUGGAGUCUGUCAGUCUGACACCAUGAACGUCUCCGUGACGCGCAGCCCUCUUCUGGUGCUCUCCCGGACCCCAUACCCGGCAGGACUCCUCCGACCCCAAGGACCCCGGUCCACCAGACGGAUCCACCUGCGCACCACGACUUCCACGGCCCCCCAUAAGUAUAAGACCAUAGACGAGCUCCCGGGACCGACCGCAGCGGACACUGCCUACCUGCUUUUCGUCAAGGGCUACGCGGACAAGAGCCACGCCAUGCAGACUGAGUUCCGGGGCCGCUUCGGGCCCCUGUGGCGGUCCCGCUUCGGGCCCCUGGACCUGGUCAACGUGGCGUCCCCCGAGCUGGUCCUCAGGCUCCUGGACCAGGAGGGGGCGCGGCCGGUCCGGGUGGAGCUCAGCAACUGGAGGGAGUACCGGGAGGCCAGGGGGCGGGGCCUGGGGCUGCACGUCAGUACCGGUGACUCGUGGCUCCGCCUCCGGCGUGCUCUGGACCCCUUGCUGCUCCGGCCGGCGGCGGCGUUAGGCCACGCCCCCGCCCUCCGCCAGGUGGUGGAAGAUCUGCUGGCCCGUCUGGAGAGGCUCCGCCUCCAACGCCCCGAUGGGGGCGUGGCCAACAUGCAAGAGGAGCUGUACAAGUUCGGCUUCGAGAGCGUGGCGGCGGUGGUGUUCGAGGCCCGUCUGGGCUGCCUCCAGGACCGGGUCCCUGAGGAGACCCUGCGGUUCAUCGCGGCCCUCAACGCCAUGUGGAGGCUCUCUGAGCCCGUCCUGCUGCUCCCGUGCUGGACCAGGGGCCUCCUGCCCUACUGGGGCCGCUUCGUACGGGCCUGGGACGACAUCACCCAGAUAGCCGACGGUCUGAUUGAAAGGAGGCUGCUGGUGCUGGAGGAGCGCUCGCGGCGAGGCGCGCCGGCGCCGGAGGGGGCGGGGCUCCUGACCGCCCUGCUGACCUCCAAGACCCUCCCCCGAGAGGAGGUCUACACCACCGUCACCGAGCUACUGCUGGGGGGCGUUGACACUACCUCAAACACCCUGUGCUGGGCGCUGUACCACCUGUCCCGGGACCCCCGGGCCCAGCACCUCCUCCACCAGGAGGCGCUCUCCGAGUGUCCGGACCUCCAGGAGCCCAUGGCCGACCACCUGACCAGGCUGCCCUACCUCAAGGCCGUCGUCAAGGAGACGCUGCGCCUGUACCCGGUGGUUCCCGGUAACGGUCGCCUGGUGUUAGAGAACGAGGUCUACCUGGAGGAUUACUGCUUCCCCAGGGGGACCCAGUUCCACCUCUGCCACUACGUGACGGGUCGGGAUGAGGCCCAGUUUAGGGCAAGCGAGAGCUUCCUCCCCGAGCGCUGGCUCCGGGGGGGAGCGGGGGAGAGCCGCCUCCCCCACCACCCCUACAGCUCAAUCCCCUUCGGGAGGGGCGUGCGAGGUUGCGUGGGCAAGAGGGUCGCCCAGCUGGAGAUGUAUCUAGCCCUCUUCAGGAUCAUGCAACACUACCAGGUCCUGCCCCAGGACCCAGAAGAGGUUGUGGAGGCCAAGACCCGGACACUCAUGAUCCCCGGAAAACCCAUCAAUCUGCGCUUCAUCCCCCGGGCCUGAGGGGGGAGGGGCCCGAGGGGGGCAGAGCCAGAGUCCUGCGAUUCAUCCCUCGGGCCUGAGGUGUACGGGGGAGGAAGGGGGCGGGGCCAAAGACCCUCACUUCAUAAGGAUAAAAAUUAAGUAAUUACUUAAAUUACAUUUAAAAAAAAAUAAAAGGUAAAUUUAUCUACACGCAUACACAAAAAUAAAGAAAUAUAUUUAUAAGGAAAUAUAUAUUAAUAAUCCCCCGCUGUAUAGACAUUUUACGUGAAUGUAUCACCUAACCGGUAUGCCUCCUUUCCUUUACCUUUGUGGAAAACGUCAUCGGGUCAAGGAGAGAUGAAAAGGCGCUUACUUUUGAACACAGGAAAAGACGGCACUGUUUAAAAUUAAUUUGACUCCAUUUUUCCUAACAUUGCGUGACGGCGAGUGUUGCCGACCUCUAGCGUCUCUAGCGUGAAACUACAAUUUUACAAGGUUGUCGCCAACAGUGAGAAUUACUUAGGUCGGACUUGGAAAACUGGAAUAUUUUAGGCCACUCGAAUCCCAAUUCAAAAUUUAUGUUGAUGUUGAAAUGAACUGCCCCCAGUAGUUUGUCUUAAUGUGAAGUCUGCAUCUUUUUUCUUAUGGUGUAUAUUAUGUGCUUAUGUAACAGUCAAUUAUACAGCAGUAAUAUGUGUAACAGAGUCUAAUAUACAACAGUAAUAUGUAGUAUAAUUACACAAAAUCUGUUUUAAUAGUUAUAACCUGUCCGGCCUCCUGAGUCAAUAUGUGGAACGUUUGAGACUCAGUUUCUGUACCCCGACGUGCACUUUCGUGGGGUCCCCCCUAUGAAAGUGCUUCACGCUUUUGCCUAUCCCCAUUUUAUGUUGUACUCCUUGAGAGAGGGGCUCACGUUAAUAACAGUUGACCGGAGGUUAUUGUUGUUAUUAACACCUUUUCUGAAUAAACGGAGAUCGCCUCCAAAGUUA